GGGCCUGACAGAAAUAUUUGGGCUACAAGCCCAAAUUUGUUUCCUAAGCCCAAAUUUUAAAGCCUCCAAAAAAUGGCGCCAAAAUAAAGAAAACUACGGACGAAGAAAAUUUUCUCUAGAUUUCGAAAAUUUUCCAUCGUCCCAAACAGGCUCUGCGCGCAGCAUCAUCGAUGUCGUCGUCUACGGUCUUCAUCGCCGUCCAGUGCUGCCAAUGCUCCACCAUGCAGGUGAAGCAGAAGAAGAAGAGCAGCAACAAGUGGAACUGCGCGGUGUGUAACCAGAAGCAAUCGGUUCGGAAGGUGUUCGCUCAGGGUUUCAUGGCCAAGGACCUCCGCAAGUUCGUCCAGAGCUUCAAUAUGUCCCGGAAGCUCGUCGACGACGGAGAAUGGCUCCAAGCUGGAACCCUAGGUUCACUGUCGGAACAUCGCGAUGACGAGAUCGAGCUUCCGAUCAACCCGGAAAAGAAGAGAAGAAUCGAUUGGACUGCAUACCUUGACCAAGAGGAUCAUCAUGAUCUUACCAUCAAAGAAGCAGAACAAGAACAAGGAGGAGGAGAUGGUUUUGAGCCAGUGAUUGUGACUGAGUUGGAAAAUGUUAUGUUCAAGAAACGUAAGUCUGAUGAGAACUCAGAAGAAAGUGCCAAGCUUUUCAAAGAGCCAGUGUUCCGAAAUUCUCGAGAGAAGCUAAUGAAAGAUAAACAGCAAAAACCAUUGAUUGAAAGCAAUUCAAUGAGGAGUUUAUCUAAUCAAAGGACUCAAAAUUGCAAACCAACAAUCAGCAAGACAAGCUCCAAAUGGAGUGAUUACAUAUUAGAUGAGGACAAUGGCAACUUAGAACUUGGUUGGGAGAGAGCCAUCAACUUCAAGGACAACUUUAAGCCAUGUAGCAACAGCUUCUUACAAGAUAUGACUAACGAGGAAAGGGUGGAAGAUGAUAUUCACCCGGAUUUUAUGUGAAUUAUAUCGAAGUCCAUUAGGUUUCAUGUGUAUUAAUAAUUAGUAAAGUAAUUUUUGCAGGGAGGAAAAAUAUUAUUUUAGCAUCGGAAAAGGUAAAUGUCACGUGAUAUUUGUUCAAAUUACACCCGCAAUUCCACGAUGAUAUAUCUUCGUAAUACAACUCAUGUUUCCAAUCUCCAUGGCACUGUAUUGUGUUGCUUGUAUUUCAUCUUUGGUAUCACACUCUUCCUAGUUCCUAAAAGG